AUGUCGUUUGACGACUCAGAGCUCUACCUCGAAGAAGAGGAGGAAGAAGAAGACUGGGACUAUGAACUCUCCGAGGAGAAAGCCAGUUACAACUCCUCUACAACGCCGCAAUCUCAAUCUCGCUGCUCUAGUGGAUUCUCGACGGAGACAAACGAAUUCACUGAGAAAAAACCUAACUUGGUUAAGAAGGAACAAAGCUUGCUGGUCCGGUCUGACUCGUCCAAGUUGACCAUAUAG